UUGCCAUUUGGAGGUUAGCACACGUGAAAAUACUUAUUUACAUUAUUUACAUUUUAGUAAUUUGAUAAAAAAAUAUUGUAAGAGAUACUUGACUUAGAAUAAGUGCUAAUAUUUAUAAUGGGGGACAAUGAAGAUUACUUCCCUCGUGGGGGGAAGAAACCAACAUCAGUGCGCUUCAAACAAAGUUCAAAUUUUCUUGGAGGAAUAACCCAAGAGGAAGGUAAAAAGAAAAAACCCAAGAAGACUGAGAAUGACGAUGGUUACCUGUCAGAUGAAAUAACUCCUGAAGUGGAUCACUCAUAUAAAAGUUGUGGAAUCUGGCUCAAUUAUAAGGUGGUAAGAGAGGGUCUGCUGAUGUUGGGUCGUGUGCGUGAGGUGCUGGAGACCAAGCUGAGUGUAUCGCUGCCGUGUAGGAUGCUGGGCUUCGUGAUGGCCUGCCACAUCAGUGAGGCCUACAAUAAGCAGCUGGAGGCCUAUGUUAAUGAUCAAGUAGAGGAGGUGAGUGAUCUGAAGAAGAUGUUCCUUGCGGGCCAGUAUGUGGUAGUUAAGGUCUUGGAGGUGACGGACAACCAUCUGAUGCUGUCCCUGAUGCCCCAACACAUCAACACUGGCAGAUUACUAACGGAUCUAAAGAAAGGUAUGGUGUUGCAAGCUGCAGUGUCAUCAGUAGAAGACCACGGGUACAUCAUGGACAUCGGUAUACCUAACGCCAAGGUCUUCUUGCCCAAGGAUUCUGCUAACCCUGAACUAGAACUAUUAACGGGCGGCGUGUGCUGGUGCGUGGUGAAGUCUGUUUCGCCGGACAGCGCGGUGGUGACGGUGAGCGGCGAGCUGGGCAGCAUGCAGCGCGCGGUGCAGCGACACCCCGCCCCAGGGGGGCUGCUGCCGGGGACGCAGAUAGAGUUCACUGUCGAUAAGCCCUUAGACAAUGGUAUAGAGGGCCGCAUUUUGGACGAUGUUACUGCGUACAUACAAAGGCACCAUGUAGAAUCAAUAAAGGGAAAGAAACCUGGCCUUGGACAAAAGAUCCGCGCGCGCCUGCUAUACUGUGUGCCGCCGAAGAACAUUCCGUUCCUGACGAUGCACGGCGCGUUCGACUCCACCUACCCCGACCUCGCCGAAGAGCAGAAGCUGGCUGAUGGUGAUAUCAUUGAGGAUGCAACGGUGAUCAAGAUAAUGAACCGCUCGGUGUACCUGUCCCUGGGCGGCGGCGGUCUGGCGCUGCUCAGUCUGCGGCGGCUGCGCGUACACGAGGACCUCAGUGACGAGGACGUCGUCGCCAAGUCGUAUCCCAUUGGCAGCAAGCACCGCGUGCGCGUGUUGGGCUACAGCCUGGCGGACCGGCUGUACAGCGUGAGCGACCAGCGCGCCGUGCUCGACGAGCCGUACUUCAGUCUGUCGCAGCUGGCCGCCGGCGACAUCGUCCCCGCCACUGUCGCCGAGAUCCAAGACAAACAUCUUAAACUUAAUAUCGGACGAUUGAAGGGUAUCGUACCUCUGGCGCAUAUGACGGAGUCGGGGGUGUUCGUGGACCCCAAGAAAGCGACCACCUCCAACAAAUCCAAGAAAAAGUUCAAGGUGGGUCAGUCGGUGAGUGCUCGGGUGCUGCAGGUGGACGAGGCGCGUCACACCGCGCUGCUGACGCUCAAGCCGUCACUGCUGGACCCGGCGCUGACGCCGCUCACAUCGUACCACGACGCAGAAGUCGGCAAGCAGUACACGGGUGUCAUCGUUCAUAUUCGCGACUACCUGAUCGUGAAGUUCUUCAACGAGGUGGCGGCGUACGUCCCGCGCGUGUUCGUCAGCGCCGCGCCCGUCGACAGCCUCACUGACGCCUUCCAUGUUGGACAGAUUGUAAAAUGCACGAUACUGACCGUGAAGCCAGAGGAGAAGAAAAUGUCUGCCAGCCUCACCACAGCGCCCUUCGACCCCACCGUAAACAGAAAAACAAAGAGAAAAAGUGAUGGCACACAACAGAAUAAGUUCAAGAAACCUAAAGUAGAAGAAGUCGAGUCAGACAGUGACAAAGAUAGUGAAGAUGAGGAUGACAGUUUAAGUAAAAAGAGAAAGAAAAACGAUAGGAAAGCGGAUAACAAAGGUAAAAAAGAUAAAGUACAAAAUGAUGACGAAUCAGAUGAGAAUACCCAACAAGAUGCAGUUUCAAAGAAAAAAAAGAAGAAAGGCAAAAAAGAAAGUAACGAUAAUGAUAGUAAAAAGAAAAAUACAGAAGACAGUGACGCUAUUGAAACUGACGUACAAGAGGAACAAGAAAUAUUAGCGCCCGAAGACUUAAAUCUGAUGGACUUCUCCGAUUGUACCACAGAAAAAAAUAUUAAGAAAAGAGUUGUAUCAUUAAUCAAAGCUGUAAAAGCUAGGAAGCGCCGACUUGGCAUAGUCGUAAAGAAAAUAGCCGCCGUAGAAGAAAAAGGCCUGAAUCCUAAAAACAAAAAGUAUCAUACAGCUAUGAAUUUAGAAAAAAUUGUUUUACAAGAGCGUGUGACAAAAUUAAAAGAAGCGUUAACUGAGGGCGAAAAAAAGCUUCAAGAUUUAAAUAUAGAAUUUAGCACUGAUCCCAAGAAGAGGAAAUCUUUGAGAACGUCUGAAAGUGAUAAAGAUGAAGAAAGUGUAGCGCCGAAAAAAAGUAAAUUAAAAGAGGAAAAAGUGAACAAAAAAGAGAAAAAGGUUGAAGAUGGAGAGGAAAAAGAAGAUAAGGAUUCGAAAACUGAAGAAGUAAUGGUUCUAGAUAGCUUACAGCCUGUUCUUCGUGUACCCAGUAUAAAGGAGUUUUGGUCGGAGAACACAAAUACGAGUUCCGUCAAUAAUAAAGAAGAGGAAUCCAGCAGUAGUGAAGACGAGGAGGAAGACAAGCCAAAGAAGAAGCGCAAGAAGUUGUCCCCAGCUGAGAAGCUGGCGAAGGCGCGGGCGGAGGAGCAGCGCGUGCGGGAGAUGGAGCAGCGAGCCAUAGACAACGACGCGCCGCGCUCCGUCGACCAGUUCCAGCGCGCACUGCUCGCCGCGCCAAACUCCAGCCAGCUGUGGAUCGCUUACAUGGCCUUCCACUUGCAGGCGACAGAGAUCGAGAAGGCGCGGGGCGUGGCGCGCAAGGCGCUGACGACCAUUAACUUCCGCGAGGAGGCGGAGCGCCGCAACGUGUGGCUCGCGCUCCUCAACCUCGAGCACCGCUUCGGUACUAAGGAAUCUCAACAGAAGACUCUCGAGGAGGCGCUGCAAAUGAACGACACAUACUCCAUACACUCGAAGCUCCUAGAGAUUCUCGUGGACACGGGCAAGACCCAGGAGCUGAGUGCGCUGACGGAGCUGAUGAUGAGGAGGUACCGAGGGUCGGUAGAGGCGUACACCACCGCCGGCGCCGCCUGCUACCGCGCCGGCCUGCUUGACAAAGCGCGGCAGGUCAUGCAGAAGGGCAUCGCCUCAUUGGAUAAAAAAGAACACGUAUCGCUGCUUAUGUCGUUCGCUAAGCUGGAGCGGGCGGCGGGCGCGUUCGAGCGGGCGGAGGCGUUGUGCGAGCAGGUGCUGGCGGUGUACCCGGCGCGCGUCGACGUCGCCGCCGCGUACGUCGACAUGCUGAUUAAGGGCCGACAGCUGGACCAGGCCAGGCAAGUGUUGGACCGGCUGACGUCGUUGCAGCUACCCGCUCGGAAGAUGAAGGUUCUGUACAAGAAGUGGAUAGAGGUGGAGGAGAGAAAUGGCGACGAGGAGCACGUGCAGGCCGUCAGACAGCGCGCCAAGAACUUCCUAGAUAACGCCAAGUUUUAAUUAAUAAAUGAUUAUAAUAUUUUGUGU